CAGAUAAAUGACGCGAUCAUUUUCAGUUUGAACGCAACGCAAACGCAACAACUAGUUGUUUGUAUUUCUCCUCGAUUACAACAUCGUUCGCAACUUAUUACAUCCAAUUACAUCUACAAGUGAAAUAUCAUCAAUAAAGAAAGGUGCAUUAUGGCAAACGUAUUAACUGAAAACGUGAAGACAUUGAUUGUCAACACUGGCAAUAUAUUGUCCUUCAACGAUAUUACUAAAAAUCCAGGACAAAAUCCUUCAGAAGAGCUUGAAGAGGCCAUCAAGUUGACAAUAUCAAACAAUCAUGUCAGUAAUUUGGCAGCUGAAGAAACCAAUUUGAUUACAAGCAAGCAUAAUGAUUUGGUGGAGAAAAUGUCCGAGCAUGAUUUAGAAAACCUGAAGAUUGGUAUUAAAAUAUUCUUGACCACUGACAAUGCUACUUACAUCAAACAGGCUUUAGAUAAAGCAUUUGCUGCCCUUAAUGUGAGUUCCGUGCACAAUGUUAUUGUAUCUCUAUACAAUAAGGGAACUCCAGAUGAGCAGGUGCAAAAGAUUUUAAACAUUUGGUCAUGUUUAGAAGAAUUUGUCAAUGCAAAGAAAGUGCAACAGAUUGGGUUAUCUGACAUUGAGGAAAAUGGAUUUCGUUCAGUCUAUGAAGCUGUGAAAGUAAAGCCCAGUAUAAUUCAAAUUAACUUGGCUACCUGCUGUGUAGUCCCACCUACAUUGCAAGCAUUCUGCAAGGAACAUGAAGUUUUGCUUCUCACACACAGUGAUCCAGCUGAAAUUUUACCAUCCACUUCAAUCUUCAAUAUAUUUGAUACACCUCUGAACUUUAACUGGGCUGUCCGGUUCUUGGUACAUAUCAAGUGUAGAGGAGUGCUAACCACAAAAGGAUACAUUUUAAGUCUAAACAAGUAAAUUUUAGGUACUGUGUUCUAGGAAGUCAUUUAUGUACAACUAAUUUUUUUCUACAUUCCAAGUGACUUAUUUUAAUUAACAUUUU